AUGAGCUCGGCAAACUCCAUAGGUGGCCCACAGGGGCCCAAGGAUCUUUUGGACGCAGUUAGACAGGCCGUGGUAAAGGGUGACAUUGACACCUUGGUGCGUCUUAGACGAGAAUUUUUAGCUGUCAGCGAAAAUGUCUCCAAGUGUAUUGAUGAAUCUGGAAAUACGCUUGUUCAUUUGUCGUUGGGCAAAAAUACAACAAUGUUGGCGUAUACCGUUAAUCAACUUUCAGGAAAUGUCAAUGCGGCCAACUUUCAAGGACGAACUCCGCUUCAUGAAGCUGCUAGAAAUAACUAUGUCGAAUGCUGUGAGGCUCUCUUAAAUUAUGGCGCUGACGACACUGUGCAGGCUGCAACACUUUCCACACCUUUUCACACUGCAGCUGCUUGCGGCAGUGUAGAAUGUAUGGAAAUCUUGUUGAAGCGCAGUAAUGACCCUGCCAGCAAGGUGAAUGAGCUUGACAGAAAUGAGUGUUCGGCACUUCACAAAAGCGCAUCCGAUGGUGAUGUUCGUGUGACGCAGUGGUUAGUGGAACACGGCGCCUUUGUGGAUCAACGGGACUUUAACAACACAACGCCUCUUCUGAUGGCCGUGAAAAUGGGCCGAAAAGAGGUGGUAGAAUACUUGAUUCAUCAAGGGGCCGCCUGUGAUCUUGCAGACAGGCAGGGCAAUCGGCCGGUUCACUUCUGCGCUAUUCGCUGCGAUUCCAAAAUUCUCAAACUUCUUGUGGAUGCCAAUGCCGCUGUAAACGUCCAAAAUGGUGAAUUGAACACACCUCUUCAUCUUGCGGCUAUUUAUCAGCGGCCAAAUUCAAAAGAGUGGGAGAAUCUCAUCGCAUCUUUACUAGAUUCGGGAUGUGAUCCUUUGCUGGAGAACGCUUCCCGUAAAAAGCCGGCGGAUUACGUUGGGCGUAACCUGAAAAAACUUUUUUCAAAGGAAGAGGCAGAGAUACGUCGGCAAAUAAAAAUACAGAAAGAGGCACAGGAGGAGGAGGACUUCAAUAAAUUAUUGGAGUUACGCAGUACAUGGAGAGCAACGGUCAUGGCAAACUUGGAAAAGACGAAGCGCUUACAAAAAGAUGAAGCGGAUCGUUUGCACAGAGAGGCGGAGGAACGGCUUCGCGCUGAGGAUGACGCACGUCUUCUUUUGGAUGAGGCAAUUGAGAGACGACGGUACCAAGAAGAACAGAGGAAAAAGCGACAGGACCUCGAAGAAAAGGGCAAAAACCCCGGCAGAAAGUAA